UUUAGCUAAAACUGAAUCUGCACGUGACAGAGGAUAAUGAUGUGGUGCAGCUCCUUGUCCAUAUCAAGAAUCAAGAUCAUGCCUCCAUUUUAAAACACCAUCAUAGCUCCUCUCUCUCUCUCUCUCUCUCACACACCUACACUUCCUAGUGCCUUCUCCAUUUUUGUCUGCAUGCUUUGCCCCAACCUUCAGCAGCCAUACAGUAGCAAAAAUUGAUUUUUCCUAAAAAUUGGAUGAUGUAUCGUCUCCUUCAAUCUGCGAUCAGAAACGCCACCCAGGUUGGCUGCAGAGCAAAAGCUACUUCAGCACGUAACAUUUUGCAGAAUGAUUUAUUUCGGGCUGCCAUAGUUGUGAAACCAUAUGGUACAGAGGCAUCUGCGCAGAAGGAUGUUUCAUCAACCGACGAGAAAGACUUUAAGAGUCAUGAUAUGCUGGCGCCCUUUACGGCUGGAUGGCAGACUACGGACGUGAACCCUCUAAUAAUUGCAAAGUCGGAGGGAUCCUAUGUGUAUGACAUUAACGGAAAAAAGUAUCUUGAUUCUCUCGCUGGUCUAUGGUGCACUGCUCUUGGUGGCAACGAGCCUCGUCUUGUUGAAGCUGCGAUGAAACAACUAAAUACCUUGCCAUUUUAUCACUCAUUCUGGAACCGUACCACAAAACCGUCUUUGGAUCUAGCUAGUGAACUAUUGGAGAUGUUCACGGCUAAAAAAAUGGCUAAGGCCUUCUUCACAAAUAGUGGAUCAGAAGCCAACGAUACACAGGUGAAGCUGGUUUGGUAUUACAAUAAUGCCCUUGGAAGACCGAACAAGAAGAAGUUCAUUGCUCGAUCAAAAUCAUACCAUGGUUCGACGCUUAUAGCAGCCAGCCUUUCCGGUCUGCCCGCUUUACACCAGAAAUUUGAUCUACCGGCUCCGUUUAUUUUACAUACCGACUGCCCUCAUUAUUGGCGCUUUCACCAAGAAGGUGAAUCGGAGGAGGAAUUCUCGACCAGGUUGGCCAAGAACCUGGAAAACCUUAUCCUCAAAGAAGGACCAGAGACGAUUGCUGCUUUCAUAGCAGAACCGGUUAUGGGCGCUGGCGGCGUGAUACCUCCUCCUGCAACGUACUUUGACAAGGUUCAAGCGGUCUUAAAGAAGUACGAUAUUCUUUUUAUUGCUGAUGAGGUAAUAUGUGCAUUUGGAAGGAUCGGAACGAUGUUUGGUUGUGAUAAGUACGGCAUCAAACCUGAUCUUGUCUCUAUAGCAAAGGCUCUCUCUUCUGCAUACAUGCCUAUUGGAGCUGUUCUUGUCAGCCCCGAAAUUUCCGAUGUCAUCCAUGCUCAGAGUACUAAACUUGGUUCUUUCUCCCAUGGAUUUACUUACUCCGGACAUCCCGUAGCGUGUGCUGUUGCAUUGGAAGCACUCAAGAUCUACAAGGAGAGAAAUAUAGUUGAGCAAGUAAACAAAAUAUCCCCUAAAUUUCAAGAAGGUUUGAAAGCAUUUUCGGAUAGUCCCAUUGUUGGUGAGAUACGUGGGACGGGAUUGAUCCUUGGGACGGAAUUCACAGAUAACAAAUCACCUAAUGACCCUUUUCCUGCUGAGUGGGGGAUCGGAGCUUAUUUUGGGGCGCAGUGUGAGAAGCACGGAAUGCUAGUACGCGUUGCUGGAGACAAUAUAAUGAUGUCCCCUCCAUUUAUCAUCACUCCUCAAGAAAUUGAUGAGCUGAUAGUGAUAUAUGGGGAAGCUCUCAAAGCUACAGAAGAAAGGGUGGCAGAGCUCAAGUCUCAAAGGAAGUAAUAAUUGAUUAAAAUAAAAUGUUGAUAAUGAUGAAACUUUGCCAAUUGAAUAUGGAAUUUGGAAUAAUAUGCAAAUCUAUGUGGUGCAAUGGAAUUUCAUAUAAUCUUUUUUUUU